UGUAGGCAUUACUGUUUGAAUGCUGUUUAGCUACUGUUGAAAGCAUUGAGGAUUUUCCCGAGAGAACGGGGUAAAAUAAAUCGGAAUUGGGAGCACUUUUCUUCCGAUCCGCAAGGGGCGCGAUACAGUCCGGAAGUUGUUUUGGUGGGCAAAUAGACGAAGAAGCAGAAUGCGGAAAUGAAAAACAAAAUAAUUCCACUUUAAAGUUGACGUGCCAUGAUGUCAAAAAGAGUUUCGACAUCAAAGUUGGACUUUGAGGCAGAGUAUGGAACAUUCUUCAAGCUGCGAGCCUGCUGAGAACACAAGUUACACCGAAUAUGAAUCAUACACUGAAUCAUUCCUAAUAAAGUGUAAUAGCUCGUUUGUCUACUGCCUGGAGUGGAAAAGCAUCAUGAAAAGAAGGAACUCUUCCAAGGCGAAGAAGCCGUUGAUACAGAUGCCGGACAAAAACGACAGCCCGAAUGAGGAGUUUGUCAUCCGGCGUAAGAAACGUCAGAAGAAGGAUGCUGAUGUCAGCAGCCAAGAAGACAUCAUCGACAUGAUCCAAAGGAAAUAUGGCGAUUUAGACUCGGCCGAAGAAGGAUGUUCCAGCUAUGUCGCUGCUCCCAAGAAGCGAACAUCAGCAGGCCUGUGCUCCGCCUGUCGAAAGCUCUACCAGAGGGCCAAGAGGUUGAAGAAACCCAUGAAAGAUAAACUGUUGGACAAUGAUCACACUUCCUUGACGUGUGAUCAGUGGGUCCUGCUCAAAGACUGGCACCCCACUAGGCUGCCUCAGUCAAGAAGGAAGCUUUCUACUAGCCUGCGGGAGAUUAAGCGUAAGAAAAAGCAGCAGGAUGAAGCUGAAAACGUCUGCUCGAGGCCACGUGUUUUCCUUCAGAGGAACCUCAGGCGGCCUCGCAAACAGCCAGCGACAAAGAUAAAGCAGAGGAAGAGACGACGAGCGCAGUCCCAGGGCCCCUGUGUGGCGAAGAAGUCGCGUUACCACGGCGACAUCCCCCCUCGGGACAGCAGCAGCGGCAGCGACGACAGUUUUCACAGCGGCGAACACCCGCUGGAAGACUUCACCAACAUGGUGGCCAAAAUGACGGCCCCGUCGGUGGAAACGGCGACGUCCGCGCAGAGCGGCGUGCCGCGCAGGCAGCCGGCGGAGAGGGGGUUCCGAGACCUGCUGGCCCAGUUACGUGGCAACAGCAGCAGGAUUGUCCAAGAAAGCCAUUAGAGCAGCUUUUAUUUUUGAAAACGUAGCAAUCGCAUGGGAAGUUGUUUUUAAACUGUCUCUUCUGUAUACUUGCAUGUUAUUUAUUUUGUAUUGACAGUAGAGUUCAAAGGUCAAUCAGUUGGGUUUUCUAAAUAAAUGAACUGGUGUUUAGUUUUGGCCGGACCCCUUUUUGUUUGGACAAGUUGCGGCAAAUUUGGGGGUUUCACUCUUGUUGAUGGCGGGGAAAAGAAGCCUUUGUUCUCAGAAAAAUACCUUUUGGAAAAUGAACGCCAAAUGUUGAUAUUUUAACACGUUUUUUGGUUUGAAUUGUUCUUAAAACCUUGUGUUUGCUGUGUUUUCUUGGUCAAAUAAAUGAAAU